UGAAUUUUACCUAGUAAAUCACAUUCUUUUCUCUCAUUACCAUUUUCCUAUUAAAGGUAAAAAUAAUAAAAAGUUAAAAGAUUAUAAAAAAAUAUGCACAAAUGCAAACACUACUAAUUUAUCAACCCCCUUCGUUCCUCUCUCCCUCCUUCCCAAUUUAUCAAUACCCAAAACCUUCUCCUCCUCUCCUCCCUCCUCCUUUCCCAAUUUAUCAACCCUCUCGUUCCCAUCUCCUCCCUCCCCUCCUUCCCAAUUUAUCAACCACCAAAACCUUCUCCUCCCCUCCCUCCCCCAAUUUUUUGCUCACCCUCCUCCUCUCUCCUUCAUUUAUAGGUAUUUUGUUCUUUGUGUGCUCGCUACCUUUACUACUACUAUUUUUAAAAAUAACCAAAGAUCUUCUUUCUCUCUUUAAAAAUAAAUUAAUAAUUAUUAUUUUGCAGAUAAUUGAGCAAAUAAAUAUUUUUUGA